GAUUUAACGAAACAAAAAUCGUUAUUACACUGAUAUCUAAUAUCGUUAAUAAACAUUGUAUCGCUUUGAUGCAGGGCAUUGGCCUUCUUGUUUUCUUGACACGUUGAAAAACUAGUCCUCGAUUCUACACGCCUAGCCUGCUGAUAAGACUGCCUGGUGGCGCGUGGAGUUAUUUUGGUUAAUAGAACGUUCCACAGAAAACGGCCGAAUGUGAUAAGCUGACGUUACUUUUGAAUGCAAAACUCUGUUAAUGCCAUCCGAAACUAAAUGUAAAUCUAGCGUGUUUGAUAGCGGAUGUUGGGAUCCGAAAGAUGCUUAUCUAAAAUCUAACGAUCUUUCCUCAGAACGACAUAAGUAUAGCAUACACUUAGCUAACUAAGGUCAAAUUAUUUUGAUCCGGUUGAUUUUAUAUAGGGCGAACAAGCUAACAAUCUUGGCUUCAUAAAUAACGUGAAUUAAUUGCGAUCUUGCUAGCGAUCUUAACAUCCUUUUCAUUUUUUACUUAAUUACAUGUACUGAAAUUGUGUCACAGAAUAGUCGACAGUGAUGGCAUCAAGAGAGAAUAAUCAGACAUCUCAUUUCUUCAACGUUGGAGGAUGCUUAUUCUCCAUUCCUUUGAGCAGACUCUCCCUCUUUCAGGAUUCUCUGCUAUUCAGAGAAGCUCUCACCGUUGGUCAGGGUUCAAGAUUAUUUAUUGACAGAGAUGGUUGUACCUUCAGGCAUGUACAUUAUUAUAUGCAUACAGGGAAACUGGCAUCUUCUUGCACCACAGAGGUAAAUAUUCUCUAUGAGCAAGCAGCAGGUCUACACCUAACAUCGCUGCAACAGGCUUUAGAAAAUCUUCAAUCUGGCAAGCACUUCUUGCGAGCUCGUCCUGAGGACCUUCAGGUCACAGAGAGAGCGACUCUGAAUUACUGGAAGACACGCAUUUGUAACCCCAGGCUAUCAGACCCCAUGACUAGUCCUGUAUCCACAGUGCAUGAUGCCAUUCCCCCGGGAUUGGUUGGUGCUCCCCUGGUAGACAGUGAUGAGGAGGUCUACUAUUGCUUCCUACCACUGGACCAGGUCAGGCUGCAUCCCAGUUUGGUGACACAGGACAACCUGCUGUGGCUUUGUGAAGAUGUGGUCGUCAUUGAGUGCGGCAGCCGUCUCUUCAGAUUCUUAGGCAAGCCUCUCUGCUCCUUGCCGUGUAAAUCUACAGUGCCUAUCCUACUGCCAGAACGGUUUCAUGACUAUGAAACGUUAAUCUGUGAAGCAGAAAUGGUUGGGAUUACAGAAUUCACAAAGGCUCUGCAAGACCUCCAAGGGGCCACUUAUAAGGAGGACUCAUUGAUCCAAGACUGGUGCCCAGAAUCAAAGAAGCAGUCCAGUUCACUGCCUUUAUAUGUCAUGACCUUCAACCUCCUGGUUAAGUAUCCGGACUCUUCCCUGGGGCAGCUCUAUGUGGACAGCAACGUGGAUGGGAGUAAAGUGUACAUCACUGGAAGCGGGGUCAUUUUUCAACAUGUGGAGAACUGGUUGGGAACUUGCCGUCUCCCGUUGACCGAGACUGCAUCCCAGCAGAGCAGACUGUGCGAAUACCUGGAGGGACAGGACGAGCUCUACCUGGCCAUCAAGGAAGCUGUAUGGGAGUUCUUCAACAGGAAGGCCUCAGGCAGGUCUCUUACAACAGGACCCUGGUCUGCUUCAGUCUCAAAGUUCACCAUUUAUAAAGUCAUUAAGGUUUAUGUUGGAACUCAUUGGUAUGCCACUUAUUUAAAAACCCUUUUAAAGUACCCUGAGCUGCUCUCCAACUCCAGAAAGGUCAGCUGGAUAGCAUACGGGCAGAGCCUCUAUGUGAAGGGUGAUGGACUGAUGUUCCGACACAUCCUCAACUUUCUGAGAUGCGGUCAGCUCAUGCUGCCAACUGAGUUCAGUGAGUGGCCUCUGCUUCACCAUGAAAUUGAAGAGUUUCAGAUCCCGGCUCUCUCUGAUGCCUUGAAGGACUGCACAGAAUACAGUGCGGUGCUGUUUCCAUGCAGAGAGUGGCGAAAGAGCCGGGGGUCCACCAGAGACACGUCUGCCUUUUCGGAAGAAUCCCUGCUUAUUUACGAUGAAGAUGAGGAUGAGUUUGUGCAGAUAACUUAUGACGAAGACCUUCAGUUCUGCGUCGGGCAGCCACAGUGGGACAGUCUGGAUGACUCAGCAACCUCAGACAUCAUGGAACUUCAAUCGUCCUCCUGCUCCUGCACAGAUAUCUGCAAGCCUCAGAACCCUGAGAUGGCCAGUCCGCCCAGCGAUGCCACUGGCAGGAAAGGGGAGGUCCCGCUUGGUAAUGAGAUCAACACAGAGGGUGCUAGCAAGCUGUUAGCCUCACCGGAGAAACUAGAGCCUCUGGUGCAAGACACUGCCUGGACCAAGCAACAGGCAGGUAUGAGCCGGGAGCCAGAGGGGCAGCCAGACAAUGGGCCUACAGCGGACCAGGCGACCGGGUGGACGGAACAUCUCCCCGAGCAGGACCCAGGUCGGCAGCCUAGCAUGCCCUCGGGGCUCAGUGUGAGCGGGCAGCCCAACACUUCGCUCAGCGCACAGGAGGGAGGGAUCUCCAGGGAACCUCAGCAGAGCCAAUGGGAAGGCAAGCUGCACACCUCUACCAUGACAGGAAGAGGUGAGAGGAGUGGAAGGAGGCCGUCGGCCGGAGGCUGUGUGCUCAGGGUGCGCCAUCCUCCUGUUGUUGGGAAAGGUGGGGCCAGCAGCUGCUUCAUCGAAAGCAUCAUUUACGAGGCCACGCCUCCACAUACAGACACUGCAUUGGUAUACGUCAACAUGACUUAUGAAGACAUGCUGUAUGCCCGUGAAUGCCAUGCAUUCUUGGCCGGGCUCAUCGUAGACUCCAAAAGGCUGAAAGAUCCAAGGAACUGUAGUCUUAAAAUGGCUGGUCUUGUCUAUAGUUUAUGGACUGAGCAGGCUGAACCAGAAGACUUUGUGGGGGAGCUAAUGAAACUCUCUUGUUUUGAAAAACAAAAGCACAUCCAGGACAGGCUACUACAGUGGGUGAAGUACACACUGAGAUUUGCAAAGCAGUACAGCAAGUGCAUUGAACUACUAGGGGAGGACCUGUGUCAGAUAGCCACACUGUUUCCUGAAGAUUGAACUGUGCCAUCUCUGUCCUCAUACUGCGAAGUUAAACUUGGCUCCUCCCCUCCGAAGAGGCCACUGGAUUCCCUGUGAUUGGUCAGUGCGGUGCAAGGCUC